ACGACGCGAUCAAGAGUCGUGGAAUGACUUACCGCCCCGCUUCGUCGAGAUUUUACGUGCUUUUACGUGAAUUUCUCUCGUGAAAUUAGCGAAAAUCUCUGAUAGAAAAAGGUAAGAGGUGCCCGCGAGUGUUUUCGCUCAAUUUUUUCACCCAUUGUACGAUAUUUUUCGGUAUAUACGGUGCAGGCGAGUGACACACGGCGAUAUAGGCGUGUGUAGGACGUGGGAGCCGAACACACUGACAAUAAACAGGCAUUCAGGAGUUGCACUAGCCUCGUUCGGCGUUCAUUCAAGAAUGUUUUAAUUGAGCUAAUAAAAUAUGUUGAAGUUUAUCAGAGGGAAGGGUCAGCAACCCACAGCUGAGCGUCAGAAGUUGCAAAAGGACCUUUUCGCUUUCCGGAAGACAAUACAGCAUGGAUUUCCUAAUAAGCCCACUGCAUUCGCAUGGGAUUACAGUUUACGACUAAUGAUCAUCGGCACAGCUUCUGGAGCCAUCAAAGUUUUUGGAAGACCCGGUGUGGAAUUUUACGGACAACAUACAACGGAAAGCGGUGAAAAUGCAGUCACCAAAAUCAUUGCUAUACCAAACGAGGGACGUGUUGUAUCGCUUUGCGACGACAACUCUCUACACCUGUGGGAGAUCAAUGAGAGUUCUUUGGUUGAAACAAAAUCACUUUCCCUUGAAGGAAAGUUGAAAAAAAUCUCUGCAAUGUGUUUGGAAUCCAACGGGGAUCAUCUAUUACUAGGGACAGAAGGAGGAAAUAUUUAUCUAUUGAAUCUAAAGUCAUUUACAGUUUCUGAUAAUAUCAUUUAUCAGGAUGUUGUGAUGCAAAAUGUCCCGGAGGAUUACAAAAUAAAUCCUGGAGCAGUGGAGGCCAUAGCCGAGCAACCUGGACAUCCAGAUAAUAUUUUAAUUGGAUACAAUCGUGGGCUCAUGGUUUUGUGGAACAAAGCUACACCCGGAGCCCAACAGCUGAUGGGUUUAUUUUCGCGUGCGCAGACAUUCGUCUCCACCCAACAGCUGGAAUCUAUCUACUGGGUUUCCGAGACUCGUUUUGUAUCUUCACACAAUGAUGGUUCGUACGCAUUUUGGGGAGCUGGGAACGACACUGUGCCUGAAUCCACAACCCUCUAUGGACCAUUUCCGUGUAAGGCUGUCUCCAAAAUUCUGGCUCAUCCGAUAAGCGACGACGAAGAAAUUAUUUUAUUCUCUGGCGGAAUGCCAAGAGCAAGCUACGGGGAUCGGCACACUAUCACGGCUAUGACCAAAGAAAAACACGUCGUUUUUGAUUUCACCUCAAAAGUUAUCGACUUUUUCACUGUCAUGCCGAAGGAGGAAGAAGAUGGUAAAAGUGCUCUUCAAACACCGGAGGCUUUGAUUGUUUUAGCCGAAGAAGAACUUGUUGCUAUAGAUCUGACAAAUCCGGACUGGAAAAUGAUGGCAUUACCAUAUUUGGUAUCUUUACAUGCGAGCGCGGUGACAUGUUCUCAACAUAUUCCAAACGUCCCCCAAAAUUUGUGGGAGUCAAUCACUGCAGCUGGUAAAGCGCAAACUGAGCAUUUAUAUUCUGAUAAAUCAUGGCCCAUCGACGGUGGUCUUAUAUUGACUGCAAACCCAGCGAAUAAAAACACACCAGUUAACAACGAGCUUCUGUUGACUGGACAUGAAGAUGGGACAGUAAGAUUUUGGAAUGCAUCAGACGUCGCUCUUACCCCGCUAUACAAAUACAAUUCGUCCGUUUUAUUCACUGGAGAGCAUCUUGAUGUGCUGGAACAGCCACCAGAGGAUGAGGAAGAUGAAUGGCCGCCAUUUAGAAAAGUUGGAACAUUCGAUCCAUACUCGGAUGAUCCUCGUUUAGCAGUGAAAAAAGUAUUGCUCUGUCCACUCUCUUCAACGCUAGUCGUUGCUGGUACUGCGGGGCACGUUAUUACUGCCGUCAUAUCGUCAGAACCUAUCAACAAGGAAAUUAAAGCCGUCACAAUGAAUAUAGUCAAUGAUAGAGACGGCUUUGUUUGGAAGGGACACGAUCAGCUUCCUGCCAGAUCGACCAGCAUAUCAUUUGGCGUUGGCUUUCAACCGCAAAGUUUACUACAGCUUCAUCCACCCGCAGCCAUUACUGCACUAGCUUUACACAGUGAAUGGGGACUCCUGGCUGCUGGAACUGCGCAUGGCUUAGCUGUGUUUGAUUAUACAAGAGCGAAAACGGUCAGCGUCAAGUGCACCUUGAAUCCAAAUGAUUUGUCUGGAGCUGGAGAUACACCAAUUUCACGGCGGAAAUCGUUCAAAAAAUCACUUAGAGAGUCAUUUAGAAGACUGAGGAAAGGAAGAUCACAACGGCGCACUAAUGCCAGUAGCCCAACGAGAAACACUGUGCCGGAGAAAAAAAAAGACCCGCCAAGUCAGGCAUCCACUCCAGCUGGAGACCUUUCUCCCAUCGAAGCUAAACCCGUUGAAAGACAAGUGGAAGCAAGGCCUACAGACGACUCCCUAGGCUCGAUGGUGCGGUGCUUGUAUUUUGCACGCAGCUACAUAAUCAGUAUGCAAAAUACGACUCCGACUCUUUGGGCCGGUACAAAUAAUGGAACAGUGUACGUUUUUACACUAGCCAUUCCUGCGGGCGCAAGGCGAACCGAAGAGGAUAUCAAUUGUACACUUGGCAAAGAAAUACAGCUGAAACAUCGAGCACCUGUCAUUGCAAUAACUAUUCUUGAUGGCUCUAGCAUACCAUUACCCGAACCUUUGGAAGCAGAAAAAGGAGUGGCUCCUGGUCCUGAUAUGUCGUCCCCACACAGAGUAGUGAUUGCAAGCGAAGAACAAUUCAAAAUCUUCAAUUUACCGUCCCUGAAACCGUUCUGCAAGUACAAAUUAACUGCACAUGAAGGAUCUCGGGUUCGGAAAACGGGAUUCGCCAAGUUUACGUGCUCGUUAGAACCUGCAGGCGUUCAUGAGGAAACUUGUUUGCUUUGUCUCACAAAUCUAGGAGACUGCCUUUUACUAAGUAUCCCAGAACUCCGAAGACAGUUGAAUGCAGCCGCGAUCAAGAGAGAAGACAUCAAUGGUAUUUCUUCACUGACAUUUACGAAGGCUGGACAGGCACUGUAUCUUCACUCCAGCUCGGAACUGCAGCGAAUUUCGCUGUCUGCAACUCGAGUCACAAAAGCUCAGUGCGUUUUGAAUCUACCCCCAAAUGCCAGAGCUACUGAUGAACCGACAGGCGAAGUUCGGGAAGAAGGAAGGAUAGAGGGAACUGCGGAGAACGAAGGAGAAUUGCAAGGUAGUCAACCUGUGCCAGCACCUCGAACCAUGUCAGAAAAUGGUACUUUGGUAUCCACUGGAACAGAGUCUCCAAAAGAACCAUCUCUUCGACCAGCUGCCAGCACUACUGAGGUCAAUGGAGAUGACGAUCGCAACGAUUUAAGUUCAAUUGGAGACAUAACAAUUGACAGUGUCAAGGACCAUUUGCUUAACAGUUCCCUUUUCAGAAAUGCAACAUCUUCAGAAGAGCUGCAUAGCAGAUUAGCUGGCUUAAAAAUGGAAGUUACUUCUCGCACUUCGGAAAUAUCGACUCAGAAUCAGUCGUUAGUGGUUAAAACUACUACAGUCAUUACUCAAGCUCCUAGCAAUGGAACUAGUAAUGGCGAUAUCGAAGCAAGUCCAACAAAUGAUUUGCAACAGCUUAACAGCACCACCGUAGAGAGAGAAAUUGCAAGCGGGACUGAGACUACUACAACACAUGCAACGAUUACACUUCCCCCAAAUGUCGAGAUUAGCGCAGCAGACUUGGCUAAUCUUGAAGUAACCACGACAACAGUAACAACUGAAAAUUCCAAGGCACCACUAGCAAGACCCGAAGAAGUAGGAUCUUAGAGCUCAUGACUGUUGUCCUAUAGUUGAUGAAAGAUUGGAACAUACAGACAAGCGAUUAUAAGUUUGAUAUGCUAAUCGAUGAAUCAUAAUCUUGUACACAGCAGCUAGCUUAAAUUCAUACAUAUACAUAUUAUACAAUUAUCGGAGAUUUUUUAACCUUUAGAGAGUCGGCCUGGCUCCUUUCGGAGCCAGCAGGUACCUCGGAAACUACCGGACGUGUUGACUAUUUAUGCAUAUAAAGCUUACCUCAAAAAAACAUCUGAAGUGAAGGGAAAAAUGUUGGCCCUCUAAAGGCUAAAAAUCUAGGCUAUAUUCAACAUUGACGUUAUUUUAAAAAUUUUUUUUUUAUAAGGUAAAGUAUGUUUCGAAAGAGUUCUCUGUACAACAGUAGUGUACAGCUUUGGGGGCUGAGGUCUACAGAUAUGUUAGUAGGUAUACAUUAUCCUACCAUUAUCAUUUUCACUUUCGUUACAAUAAUAUUCCCAAAAUGUGCAACAACGGAUAGUACUUCUUAAUUUGAGUUUGUAUAAAACGUAAUUCUAAUCUUAUGUUCAUUGGGCAUAUAUACUUUUUUGAAAUUUGCCUAUUUGAAAAUAUAAGAAAGAUACAAACCUAGACAUUUUUCACCAGUUGUCUUCUCUCUGUUAUGCUGUUGUUGUACUUAAUACUAGAAUACAACUGCUAUCCCGUUAUUUCAACUGAUUUGUAACGUAUGAUUGGUUAACUGGGAAAAGAAAUUUAUUGCAAUCAGUCGGUCUAUUUCAAACGUUAUCUCAUCAAUCACGAUCAAACAAAAACAUGGCGGAUUGUAUUAUUUUUUUUUUUUAAAUCUAAAAUGAAGCGUUGUGGUACAGGCAUUUUAUAAUUCACAAUUCAGUGUCCAAGAAUUUUGAUUGUGCAUUGGGUUCGGCACGAAAUAAACUUAUCACACCGGUUGGCCUAAGCAAGAAUUGAACUAUCGAAAAUCUUAGUAAUUCAUCACCUCCAUUUGAUUUAUUCAAUUAUCACAACCCCUAGUAAUAAAAUAGAUUUAAUAACGUGAUCAUUUCAAGUCGCAGUGAUUAGUGACUAGAAGCAAAGCAAAAUUUUCUUAUGAGAAUUUAAUAACUUUGUGUUUCUUCAUAAUUGAAUAAUAAAUGUAGUGCGAAAUGAACUGAAUAAUAGAACGCAAAAAUGUAAAAACACAGUGUUUUAAUUGUAUUUGAAUUUUCAAAACACUGAACCAUGGAAUGAAUAUACAUCACAGAUUGUGAGAAUGGCAGCCAUAUCGUAGAAUUAAUAAGAUUAAUGAUAAUAGUAAUUUUAAUAAGAAUGAUUACAUUUUUUCUGGAGUGACAAUGCGACUUAAACCGUCUGCAGUAUUCUAAAUGUUUCAAUUAUAUUUUAAGCUUUGAUGUUUUAAAGUAAAAAAAUUACUUGUGGAAUUGAUAAUAUAAAUAAAAGGUAGCGACUUAAUAGUAAAAUAUAGGUGUAUAUAUAUGUGUGUAUAUAUAUAUACAUAUAUAUACAUAUGUGCAUACAUAUAUAUACAAACACAUACACAUACAUACAUAAAUAUAUUUUUUUUUCCCAAUAUGAACAUGAGGGAUAUUGACUUUUAACACGAGCAGCAACAUACACAUUAAAAAUAUAUUUUUUAUCGAUGUUGUUUAAUCUUUAAGUUUUCACCCUAGUUCAUGAAAGUAAAUUUUUUUGAUUGGCAUAUGAAUACUUUUUCUUUUUUUUGUAGCCCUAGGUAUAUAGACACAUUAUAUAUAGUAAAGAUUAUAUGUUUACAUGCCAAUACUACUUUCAGUUUGUCAAUGUUGAAAUUAACCAUCUUCUGAAUUUGUGUUCAUACUAUGUAGAAAACUAGAGUUUUGACAUUAUUGUUAUCCAGCUAAGUGAGCAAGAAAUUGUUGUUAUUAUAAUUUUUAAUAAGAAUCCAAUUUAUCGUUAUACUAAUGUUUUGGUAUAAUUAUAUUCUAUAUUUGGUGGAGGACACAGCAUAUUAACUUUUAACUUUUUAUUUCGAAUGUUAUAUCUAAUGGAUGCUCACUGAAUCGUACCUAAAACUAAUUCUCCGUUUUUUAUUCAUUCAACUGUUAUUCUCAAUUUUUACGGCACACAAGAUAUUCUGGGCAGAUGAAAUUUCAUCAAUUAUCGAUUUCAAUAGGCCGUGUCCGGUAUCGCUUAUACUUUGAAUAACAUAAUUCUCUAGAAGACCAAGAUCGUACAUUUGAGAUAAAAGUAUAGCGCUCAUUCUACAAGAAGCAAAAUUAAAAGUAAUUAUUUAUAAAAAAAAAAAAAAAAAAUGAAUAUCCCCCCUGCUUUAUAAGAAUACAGAUAAGUAUGUUGCCAAUUAUUUGUGCGUCUGAUCGACAAACUUUCUACCCCUCUGUUUUUGAGUUUGACGGAAAGUAAUUCUGUUUAUAAGUACCAUUUUUUGAUAAUACGAAGAAUUUACGUGGGGCCUUUGUAGAUAGAUUUUAAUUAUGUAUCUAAUUAUCUUUAACUGUAUACUUAAUAAUUAAGCAACUGAUUCAUAAUUACUGUUAUCGUACAUACUGCAAUUAGUGGUAAAAGAGAAGGAAUAAUUCUGUAUUACUAAUUUUAAUAGGAAUUUCAUAACUAUUCAAAAAGUGUUACUUGACAGUUUAUUCGCAAUUUAAAAUAUAUAGCAUAUAGCAGUUUCGCUUAACUAUGUAAGCCAGUGAUUGUUAAUCGUAGUUAGGAAUAUACAUUUAAAUUUUCUAACUAAACCCGAAUUUCGGAAAUUAACUUUCAAAUCGCAUUUUUGACUACAAUUCAUCAUUCGAUGUCACAAAAUUCAGUCAGUUCUACUCAGGCUGAUUCAAAGCUUGCGUGAGCAAAGAAAUUAACAUGACACUGCCUAAAGGCUAAGUUCUCAUUCACGUUUCAGUAUGAGGAUCAAAAAACAAUAACUGUACAAUUUUCCAUUAUAACUACUCCCAAAUUAGUUCACUGCAGUGAAAAUUAACAAAUUUUUCAUUGAAUUUUUCUACAGCUUAGGUAUCUCUUACUGUCUACAUCACUUAUAUUUCUAUAACAAUAAAUGCCUUUUCAAAAAAAUUCCAGUG